AUGGGCAGCAACCCCGUUUCAAAAUACCGCAUUGUGGUCGGAUGCGACGAGGCCGGCAUCAAGUACAAGGACACAAUCAAAGCAGACUUUGAAAAAGACGCCCGCGUCGAGUUCGUCGAGGAUGUCGGAAGCCAUGACGGCGCAGACAAGACGGCAUACCCUCACAGAGCGGCGGCCGCCGCUCAAAUGGUAGCCGACGGCAAGGCCGACCGCGCGUUGCUCAUCUGCGGCACGGGACUCGGCAUGGCCAUCGCCGCCAACAAGAUCAAGGGCAUCCGCGCCGUGACGGCGCACGACAGCUUUAGUGUCGAGCGCUCGAUCCUGAGCAAUGAUGCGCAGGUGUUGUGUAUGGGCGAGAGGGUUAUCGGGCUGGAGCUUGCGAGGCGGCUCGCGAAGGACUGGCUUGGGUACACGUUUGAUCCCACGAGCAAUAGUGCGGAAAAGGUUCAUGUGAUUAAGAGCCUGGAGGCCACUGCAUGA